AUGCGGAAAUCCACUGUCGUGGAUGUUUGCUUUGCGGUGGUCGUUGGCAUGUGCAUGGUCCCGGCUGCGUUCGUGCUCGAUGUGGGGCUUCGCCGUUUUGGUUGCAAUGUGACAGCGACUGUCGUUACAGUGCUGGACGACACGCCCCCCAACACUCCGCGGGAGUCCGACAUCUCCCUCAACACGCCGCCCGCUGUCCCCGAGGCGGACUUGUGUGCGAUCUGCUUAGACCCCAUCGACCCCACAACCACCGGCGAGGCAUCUGCAGUCCUCCACCCGACGUGCGCCCGCCACCGCUUGCACCUCGCGUGUCUUGCGCAGCAGCGGGCCCAAGCCGAUGCAGACAUGCACUGCCCGGUCUGCGCUGCGGGAGGCUGGGCCGAUGCCGACGACCAAUGGUUGCGAGCGGCUUGUGCGGCACGGGGGAUCGAGGCGCCCACACGGCUGCCCGCCCCUUCCACCGUGCGCCAGGGCAUUGCGGACUACACGAUCCGCACAUUCACAUCCAACGAUGCGCCCGAACCUCAGCCACCAACUCAUGUGCGCGUGCUCUGCUGCCGCCGAGUCGCAGCCGUGCGUGGGGACGAAGGGGAAAUCAACUUCGUCGAGCUCCCGGACAGGAGAAUACAGUGGUCACCCAUCGCCGUCCGCGGCGACACCGGCAUCAUGGCAUGGCGACUGUCGUGGGCUUGCCCGCGCUGUCCCCGCGAGCCGUCGAAGCAUGGAGCCGUGAGGAGCGCUGCCAGCCCUGGUCCGGCAGCUGCCCGGCACCACACUCCGCCUCCCCAAAACAUCAUCGCUGCAGCCCAGGCCUUGCCCUCCGGCGCUGAGCUGCAUUUAGGGUGGGUUGUUCGUCAGCUCGCUUCUGCCGAAGGCUACAUCCAUGCAGCAGCGCAGGAAGUGUGUUUGCAACCGUAUGGGGGGCUUAGUUUUGCUGCGAACCUCGACCGCUUUUCUGAUGCCUUUCGCCGCGACGACGAGGCGCCGGUCCCUCCUGCACCCGCUGGCCUGCGUCCCGCCGCUGCAGCCCUCGGUGCACGGCAGUCUGACGGUGACGAUGGCCUCGACUCGCCCGACGACGAGGCGGAGGGCGUCGCGGCCGCAGAGCAGCACGCGGACACAGGAUCCCAGACUCCGUUGCCUGCAGGCGCCCCUUGCACGGCCGCCGCAGCUCCGACGCAGGCGGAGCAACGGGUUGGCGUUGUUUCCACAGGCGUGCGCCUCGGCCUCGAGCAGCUUGACGACAUUGAUCUCGCCUUUGAGCUGCGCCGUCGGACACUCACACUCCAGAUCACUCCAGAGCGCUCCGACCCAACUUCGAGGCAUUCUCCGUUAUGCGCUGCGGACGGGGUUGGAGCAGGCCGUGGCGGGCCUCGGGCCGGACGACACAACCCGUGGCUGGAAACUCUUUUCUUGGCACCCCGCGCAUCGAACCCGCCGAGCUCGAGCGGCGUGCGGACGCUUUCCGCCGCGGCAUGGCCCUCGCUUCUCCGCGCGGCCUGCGCCGCACCUCCCGCGCGGCCUACCCCGCGCUCACCUGCUGACGGGGCCGACCCGGAACGUCGAGCGGCGCGCGCCACCGCGCUCGUCCACUUGGGGGAACUCUCUGCAGCGAGUCGGGCCCUCACUGCUGAGCCACUCGCCGCCGGCAACCAAUCUACGCUCGCUGAACUUCGGGACCCCAGCCGCCGACCUCAAACACCAGUCGUGCCACUCAGCCCGGAGGUGCUCAACCAUGUCGCGGAGCCAUGCAUCCAUGCCAGACACGCUCCUGCUGGCCAACCUGCGCGCGGCCCGGCGAGGCUCGGCCGCAGGCCCUUCAGGCAUGAUUAA